AUGGAUCAGGCUUUGAAUCGAAGCGCCGCUACUCCCGACACAGCAUAUCCUCCAGCUCCUGCCUACAGCGGACAUCGCAUCGUCAACGUCCACGGUGACGCGGCGCGAGCGCUCCCUCCUCGUUGGAGAUUCCACAUGCUACGCAUUGCGCCGACUUCGCCCUCGGUCUGCCUGUCCAUGCCAUACCGAAGAACCCCGCGCGAGCUCUACAACCGACCAUGCAUUGCGGGCGAAAGCCCGCGCAUCCACCUUCAGUCCGACUAUGCUACGGCUGCCUCUGCCUCAACACCCACCAGAACCACUACGCACCUAACAGGUCCCGAGGCCGGGGGGGAUCAGUGGAAGAGCUUGAGAAUUUCACCGACCGCGGCGGUGAAAAUGCAGCCUUUUCAACAUGAGGAGAUGCCCAGAUGGAUUCGAAAGGGCAAGUGUUUAUACCAGUCGUCCAGUCAACAACUGGUGCUCAGGGAAACUUCGUUAACAAGCCUUGUUGACACAACCAUGCGACUCCCAUGUUUACAGAUUCACCGAUCUCGACCGCUGCGUCGCCAGCGUCGGAGGAGAGGCGAGCUCUUCCCACGAGUGUGGCUACUCGACAGCGGCACUGAUCUCGGUCGCUCCCUCACCAACCCUCACCAGCCAGUGCUGCUAGUUCCUGUGAUACUUGACCGCUCGUCUUCGCAUGUUGUUGGAGGCACAGCCAAGAUUUCACUUGCAGAUAACGACGACCGCACUCGAGCGCUCAUGGCAAAAUACGAGCAGGUAAUCAGCGGCAACGAUACCGGUAGCUCCGACUACCCCGCUCCUCAAAACGGGUUCAUCCGCAAGGCUUCUGCGCGCAAAGGCUGGCAGUGCGGCUGCUACAUCACAACGGAAUUCGGAGGUCAUCUCUACGCUUAUCGGGGUAUGUAUGGGAGCAUGGAUAUUCCGGGCCUCACAAAGGUUGCCACGGAAGGCGACCUGGAGAAGAGCCGAAAUAUCUACAACUGCCUACCGGAUGACCUACAACAACCAGAACUAUGCGAUACCCACCUACGCAACCUCGCUGAGAUUUUCGUUCGAAACCGUGCCCACGUGGUUUUUGGCAUACACUUAGUUCAUGGCCAUUUCCUCCUACCUACAGGCGAGAUCUUACUUGGAGAAAAUUAUGACGAACCACGCUGCCGCUGGGCCAACAGUAUCGCUGUACCGGUCAUGAAUUUGGACAAGGUGCAUGGACACAUAUUCGUUAUGACAGAGGAUGGAUUUCACCCUUACGAAUAUCAGAUGGGCACAAUGCCAGAUAUAUCCCAAGUCGCCGGCAGCUUCUUUGAAGAGUUGUCCAAUUAUAUCAAGUUGAACAAAUUGGCAAAUCUGAUUGGAUUACAGGUCACAGAGCCGGACCCAGUACCAAUGUAUGAACUCAUCCUGCCUCGCGGAACUGUUAUGAUAGAUGUCUCUAGCCUAAAUGGCUGUAUCCCAAGCAGGGACACUGGGUGGAGGUUUGCAGCAAAGGGUGCAGAACCGCGAGUAUGCACAGCAUAUGAGACACAUGCAAAACAUAGCAACGGGCACGACGUUUUCAACAAGGGAUCCGCAGAGCCGAAGCUGGAGACUUUCCAAGAUGUCACUCAUGCGCUCAGACAAAAGAAGAUUCUUUUUGCAUAG